AAAAAGAGGAACACAAUAACCGGAGACGGAAGCAGGGUUUGGGGGGUUUAUAGCCGCCAUCUCAAAUCGCCUUUUCCCCAACCUUCAAACCAAAAUCUCCACUGCAUUUCGGAUCGGGUUGCAUCUCCGGCCAUUGGCAGUCAGCAUUUGCUUAACUCCGUUUAGAACAAUAGAAGCAAUGAAGUACGUGCUGGUGACCGGAGGAGUUGUGAGCGGUCUUGGAAAGGGAGUUACUGCUAGCAGUAUAGGCCUCAUUCUUCAAGCAUGCGGGCUUCGUGUUACUUCCAUCAAGAUUGAUCCUUACUUGAAUAUUGAUGCUGGAACAAUGUCUCCUUUUGAACACGGGGAGGUAUUUGUCUUGGAUGAUGGCGGAGAGGUGGAUCUAGAUCUUGGGAACUAUGAGCGAUUUUUGGAUGUGAAGUUGACACGUGACAACAAUAUAACCACUGGAAAAAUUUACCAGUCUGUUCUUGAAAAGGAGAGAAGAGGGGAUUAUUUGGGAAAAACUGUCCAGGUCGUCCAUCACAUUACUGAUGCCAUUCAAGAAUGGAUUGAGCGCGUAGCUGUCAUACCAGUUGAUGGAAAAGAUGGUCCAGCUGAUGUAUGUGUCAUAGAACUGGGUGGAACCAUAGGUGACAUUGAGUCAAUGCCAUUUAUUGAGGCUUUAGGACAAUUUUCAUACCGUGUUGGCACAGGGAACUUUUGCUUGAUACAUGUCAGUCUUGUGCCAGUUUUAAAUGUUGUUGGGGAGCAGAAAACAAAGCCAACUCAGCACAGUGUUAAGGGAUUGAGAAGCCUGGGAUUAACUCCAAAUAUUUUAGCAUGUCGGAGCACCAAGCAACUUGAUGAGACCGUCAAGGAGAAACUUUCCCGAUUUUGCCAUGUUCCGGUAGAGAAUAUUGUCACUCUUUAUGAUGUUUCCAACAUCUGGCGCGUUCCUUUGCUUCUAAGAGACCAGAAGGCUCAUGAGGCCAUUUUGAGAGCCUUGAACCUCAAAGGAGUUGCAAUGGAGCCUGCAUUGGGAGAAUGGGAGUCUCGUGCUGAACUUUGUGACAACCUGCACGACCCAGUAAGAGUUGCCAUGGUAGGAAAGUACACCGGGCUAUCAGAUUCUUACCUCUCUGUGGUGAAGGCACUUUUGCAUGCUGCUGUUGCUUGCCGCAGGAAACUGCUUGUAGAUUGGAUCGCAGCUGGGGAUCUUGAGGAAAUUACAGAAAAAGAGAAUCCUGAAAAUUAUAAGAGUGCUUGGGAUUUGCUAAAGGGUGCAAAUGCAAUACUUGUUCCUGGAGGAUUUGGUGACAGGGGUGUGGAGGGAAAAAUACUUGCAGCUAAAUAUGCCCGAGAAAGCGGGAUUCCAUACCUUGGAAUAUGCUUAGGGAUGCAAAUAGCCGUAAUUGAGUUUGCUCGCUCCAUUCUUGGUCUGAAAGAUGCAAAUAGCACAGAGUUUGAUCUCAAUACUCCGAAUCCCUGUGUCAUUUUUAUGCCAGAGGGGUCAAAAACUCAUAUGGGAGGGACUAUGCGACUUGGAUCCAGGAGGACAUAUUUUCAGACUACAGACUGCAUUUCUGCUAAAUUAUAUGGCAAUGUAAACUUUAUUGAUGAAAGACAUCGCCAUAGAUAUGAGGUAAAUCCUAAAAUGGUAAAGCAGCUUGAAGCUGCUGGUCUCUGUUUCACAGGCAAAGAUGAAAGCGGUCAUCGCAUGGAGAUAUUUGAGCUGUGUAAUCACUCUUACUAUGUUGGAGUUCAAUUUCAUCCCGAGUUCAAAUCAAGACCCGGAAAACCUUCUGCUCUUUUCAAAGGGCUCAUAGCAGCUUCGUGUGGGCAACUCAGUGAUGUCGUUGAGAAGAGUGUUUGUGGCUUAAGCAAUGGACACUCACCCACAAAGUCGCAAAAACACGACAAGCUUUCGAAUGGAUCAUUGCAACACGACAAGCUCGCAAAUGGCAGUCAUUGCAAUGGAAAUAGAAUUCAUAUCUAACCCCAACUGCUCAAAACUUUCAAUUUUCCAAGGGUUGAUUAUGCCUUUCUGCCGGAUUGUUUUGACUGCGAUGUAUAGUGAGUGAUACUAGAUCGAUAAAUAGGUUCAAAGUGGGAUCUAUAGUAACCUAAUCACAUGGUAGAAGAUCUCAAUCUCAAAAAACAUAAUGCCAAGUAGAGUAGAUCUGCUUACAACUAUGGAAAUUGAGGAUGCAUCUGAUUUACUAUUAAUUUAUUUAAGCAGUUAUCUUUUCUUGAUC